ACAUACCCAGUGUGAUCUUGUGUAGUCGAUACGACUGUCCCUGGUGAGCUCUCUGUGCUUGCGAUCAUAAAAAUGAGGCAACAAGCAAAAACUUUGUGGUACGACCGAGCAAAAUAUGUGUUUUUGGAGUUCUGUGUCGAAAACAGUCGGGAUGUCAAGGUGGACAUCAAGAAAGAUAAGGUUAUCUUCAGCUGUUUAAAUGAAGAUAACAUACAAAUAUACAAUGAAAUCCAGUUAUAUGACAAAGUGCAGCCCCUGGAUUCCAGGGAAAAGCGCUCGGAUCGAUCAAUAACCUGCUUCUUGAGGAAAUGUAAAGAGAAGGUGGCCUGGCCCAGGAUAACAAAGGAAAAUACCAAGCCCGCUUGGCUGUUUGUAGAUUUCGAUAACUGGAGAGACUGGGAUGCCGAAGAGGAAGGGGAAAUGGCACUGGCUGAACAUUAUCUAAAUCUCGUCAAUGGUUGCAAGGAUAAAGUGGCUCCUCCGAGCAUGGAUGACUUGGAUGAUUUAGAUGAUGAUUUGUAAAAUCAAUAAAGAUCUGCACUAAACAGAGAAGAUAUGAUGGCAGCAGGAAUGGCUGGACAUCCUACUCGGUUUCAUGUUCUGCUCUCUUUUGUUAGACGUAUUUGUAUGUGAUUUUUGUAUGGAAACAUGAUUAAUCUUAAGUCGCCUUCAGAUCCCUCUUGGGGUCUUGGCACAAGAACCAACUCUGUUGGGAAAAAAAAACCUAUACUGUAGAGGGGGGCAAUCCAUAGGGUAUAAAGAAUAUAUUAUAAAAAGUGAGGUGACAAUAGGCAGAUCAUUUUCAGUUAGGAUAUAGGUUUAAGGUGGUCUUAAGACGUAGUAAUAAUAAUAAACCAGAGAUAUCUCCCAACAAUAGACUGAAGGGCUAAGAAUACAUACAAUAUUCCAAGAAACAUUUUGAACUCAAAUGUGUAUAAUAAAAAGGAAAUGGCGGGAUGUUUGUGCUGUGCCGAGACAUUUUCAACACUCAGAUGCCUAUUUAUAAAUCUAUGUAAAAUAUUUUCUGCCUCAAAUAUAAAAUUGUGUUAUAGAACUGGUUUAUAUUUCUUUAGUGCUUGUAGACAUAUUUUAUAAAUACUGGCAUUAAAAAGAAAAUACUGGGAAUUUUAAGCUGUGCUCUGCUGGAGCGUAACACUUAGGGGUAUGUUUAUAAAGCCGUGUAAUAAAGUUUUAUGCUUAAAAAUGUGUUCAAUUGCUUUUAAAAUAAACAUUGAAUAAGC